AUGCCUGCGCUCGCUGUCGACGCUGCCGCCCCCGUGGCCCACGCCUUCCCCGCGUGCGGCGACGCCUCGCCGCGCUUCGCGGCCGCGCCACUGCUGGGCCCCGCCGUCGCCGUAGCCGCGGCCGCUGCUGCCGACAAGCCCGAGAUGGCCGCCUGGUCGGCCGACCUCUCGUCGGCGCUCUACAACGUCGACGGCUGGGGCGCGCCCUACUUCUUCGUGAACGACGACGGCGACGUCGCGGUGCGCCCGCACGGCGCCGCCACGCUCCCCGGCCAGGAGAUCGACCUCGCCAAGGUCGUCGCCCGGGCGGCCGGCGCGCGCGCCGGCGGCGGGCUCGGCCUCGCGCUGCCGCUGCUCGUGCGCUUCCCCGACGUGCUGCGCCACCGCGUCGAGACCCUCAACGCCGCCUUCGCCUACGCCGUGCGCUCCACGGGCUACGCCGGGCGGUACCAGGGCGUCUACCCCGUCAAGUGCAACCAGGACCGGUACGUGGUCGAGGACAUCGUCGAGUUCGGCGCGCCCUUCGGGUUCGGCCUCGAGGCCGGCUCCAAGCCCGAGCUGCUGCUCACCAUGAGCUGCCUCGUCGCCCGCGGCAGCCCCGACGCCCUGCUCAUCUGCAACGGCUACAAGGACCUCGAGUACGUCUCGCUCGCGCUCAUCGCCCGCACCAUGGGCCUCAACACCGUCAUCGUGCUCGAGCAGGAGGAGGAGCUCGACAUUGUCGUCGAGGCCAGCCGCCGCCUCAACAUCCGCCCGGUGGUCGGCAUGCGCGCCAAGCUGCGCACCAAGCACGCCGGCCACUUCGGCGCCACCUCCGGCGAGAAGGGCAAGUUCGGCCUCAACGCCGCGCAGAUUCUCUCCGUGGUGGCCAAGCUCAAGGCCCUCGCCAUGCUCGACUGCCUCCAGCUCCUGCACUUCCACAUUGGCUCCCAGAUCCCCACCACCGCCCUGCUCGCCGACGGCGUUGGCGAGGCCGCGCAGAUCUACUGCGAGCUCGCCCGCCUCGGCGCGGCCAUGCGCGUCAUUGACGUUGGCGGCGGCCUCGGCAUCGACUACGACGGGACGCACUCGGCGCAGACCGACAUGUCGGUGGCCUACAGCCUGGAGGAGUACGCGGCGGCCGUGGUCGCCGCCGUCGGCCGCGUCUGCGACCGCAAGGGCGUGCAGCACCCUGUCAUCUGCAGCGAGAGCGGCCGCGCGCUGGUGUCGCACCACUCGGUCCUCAUCUUCGAGGCCUUCUCCGCGACGGCGCCGGCUUCCAACAUGAUGGACCCGGCCACCGCCUACCUGCUCGACGAGCUCACCGACGACUGCCGCAGCGACUACCGCAACCUCAUGGCCUCCGCCGUGCGCGGCGACUUCGACACCUGCGGCCUGUACGCCGACCAGCUGAAGCGGCGCUGCGCCGAGCAGUUCAAGGAGGGGGUCCUCGGGCUGGAGCACCUCGCCGCCGUGGACGGGCUCUGCGAGAUCGUCGCCCGCGGCAUGGGCGCGGCGGAGGGGCCGCGCAGGUACCACAUCAACCUGUCGGUGUUCACCUCGCUGCCGGACAUGUGGGCCAUCGAGCAGCUCUUCCCCAUCAUCCCCAUCCAGCGCCUCCAGGAGCGGCCCGCCGUGGACGGCGUGCUCUCGGACCUGACCUGCGACAGCGACGGCAAGGUGGACCAGUUCAUCGGCGGCAGGAGCAGCCUCCCCCUGCACGAGCUCCCGACCCACGGCACCCGCGGCUACUACCUGGGCAUGUUCCUGGGCGGCGCCUACCAGGAGGCGCUGGGCGGCCUGCACAACCUGUUCGGCGGGCCGAGCGUGGUGCGCGUCUCCCAGAGCGACGGGCCACACUGCUUCGCCGUGACGCGCGCCGCGCCAGGCCCGUCGUGCGCCGACGUGCUCCGCGCCAUGCAGCACGAGCCGGAGGUGAUGUUCGAGGUGCUCAAGCAGAGGACCACCGACGACGGCGCCACCGCCGCGGCGCUCGCCAGGGCGUUCGGGUCAAUGCCGUACCUGUCGUUCGACGCCGAGGAGGCCUCGGCCAUGAGCGGCGCGGAGUCGAGCGGCAUGAGCAGCGACUCGGAGGGGUCGGCUGCCGGCGCCGCCGAGGAUGAUGACGAGGAGUGGGAGUUCAUGCGCGGGCUCACCGUGUGA